UAUAUAAACAUAAAGGAAUCGAUUCCUUACUCACAUCCGAAAGAUCAUUCAACCAAAGCGCAACAUGCUUGGAGUACAUCAAUUAAUUGCUUUGAUGACAGUGGCGAUCAUCGCCGGUGUCAGCGAUGCACGUUCACCGCAAAGGAUCAGAGGUGGCAAAGAGGCUGCCGACGGUGAAUUUCCAUAUCAAGUUUCAAUCAGAUUAAAGGGCCAGCAUAUUUGUGGAGGAGCGAUACUCGAUGAGGAUCAUAUUAUUACAGCAGCCCACUGCGUUGAUGGUGUUAAAGAGCCUUACACGCAGCUCCGAGUUGCCACAGGCUCGACCUUUAGCUUUGGAGGUCAAACUCAUGUCGUUAAAUCGGUCAUUGCUCACGAAAGCUACGACACGUCGGAGGCGUCUUCUCCGGAUGACAUCGCACUCAUAAAGCUGAAGAGUCCACUGGAGCUUGGAAAAAAAUUGAACAAAGUUGCAUUGCCGGAAAAAGAUGCGGUGGGAGGCGUCGACGCUAUUGCUACUGGAUGGGGCUUGGAAUCUUCGUCCCAACGGUGGGCUACCAGCAAACUCAUGAAAAUUACCCUCAAAACACUUGGCCACGAGCAAUGUCAGAAGCACUUCAGAAACGCCAAGUUGAUGCCCCAUCAGAUCUGUACGUUUGGUGGCACCGGAAGCGGCGUUUGUCAGGGUGAUAGCGGUGGUCCUCUCGUUCACGCAAAUAAACUCAUCGGAAUUGUUUCAUACGGGAUUCCUUGCGGCAUUGGAUUCCCGGAUGUGUACACGAACGUUUUUCAUUUCCGCGAUUGGAUAAAAAAUACGAUGGCCAAAAUGUGAUCUCAUAUUUAUUUGUUUAUUGUUGACGCGCUACCCAAUUCGCAGUUGGCUCUGCCAAAGCACUGUUAAGUGGGUGUUUUUAAAUAUUUAUUUAUUGAAAAAUCUGAGCUGUGAAUAUUGUGGAAUAUCUGAUAUCAAAAUGUUGGCCUCGUGCAAUAAAAU